AUGGAUAUUGUACAAAAGGAGCACGAGAGGCUCCUUAAGAGGCUCAGGGGCUCACAAGGUCUAAAAAAUGUUGACUCUACCAUCGAGUUGUUACAGUCGGCCCGGAAGACUAUAGCUUCUGAUCCAAACCAGGCAGCUAUCACACUGGCCAAACUUCAGAAUCCUAUCAAGUCGUCAUUUGAGUCCAUCAAUGAUAGCCUGAAAGAAACCCACAGCGGUUUGAAUAAGUACACCAAAUCUCUCGACAAGUUAUUCAAAGAUCGACCCCUACCCAGCACAGAACACGAUGCCCUCUUGCAACAAGAGAACCUAAUCAAUCGUGCGAUUUCCAUGCACCUUCUCCGCGAGGGACAAUUUUCUGUUGCUGCAACCUUUCUUUCUGAGAUCGCCGACCAAAAGGCCAUGGAUAAUCCCGAGUCUACCCCGCUCACCCCCAAACCUCCUACGAGUCUACUUGACGCCGAUGAGGUCCCCUCCAGCGAGAUCCGGAAGCAGUUUGCUUCCAUGUACUACAUUCUGCAAGAACUAAAAGAAAAGAAUAAUCUCCUCCCAGCCAUCGAAUGGUCUCGGGAGAACCGCGAGGCCCUGGAGGCCCGCGGCAGCAAUCUUGAGUUUGAACUUUCUCGCUUACAAUUUGUUUGGCUUUUCCACGGCAGGUCUCACGACCUAGGGACCAGCGACUGGCAAGCGGCCAUCCAGUAUGCCCAACGAGAAUUCCAAUCAUUUGCACCCCGCUACCUGCGAGAGGUUCAGCAGCUCGUUGGCGCCAUGGCUUACCGCCCUAACCUCCAAGGGUCACCAUACUCGACCAUCUUCAACAAUGCCUCUGCCUGGGACGAUGUAGCCCAGUUCUUCACCCGCGAGUUCUGCUCAUUGUUGGGCCUGUCGGCCGACUCUCCUUUGUAUGUGGCUGCCACUGCUGGUGCAAUUGCACUUCCGACCCUUCUCAAGUUGCAGACCAUCAUGAAGGCGAAGCGCACCGAGUGGACCAGUGAAAAUGAGCUUCCGGUCGAAAUUUCGUUGCCACCCUCGUAUCUGUUCCAUUCCAUCUUCGUUUGCCCGGUGUCAAAGGAGCAAGCAACUGAUGAAAACCCACCAAUGAUGAUGCCAUGCGGGCAUGUUAUCGCCGAGGAGUCUUUGCGUCGGCUCAGCAAGGGGAAUCGCUUUAAGUGCCCAUACUGCCCCAGUGAAAGCCAUCCCAAGGAUGCUCGGAAGAUCUUCUUGUGA